CUGUGCAUCCCCGCGAUGGCCCAGCUCCAGACCCGCUUCUUCACUGACAAGAAAUAUGCAGUAGAUGAUGUUCCCUUCUCAAUCCCUGCAGCUUCUGAAGUUGCUGACCUUAGUAACAUCAUUAAUAAAUUGCUGCAGGCUAAAAAUGAGGUCCACAAACAUGUGGAGUUUGAUUUCCUUAUCAAGGGCCAGUUUCUACGAAUGCCCUUGGUCAAACAUAUGGAACUGGAAAACAUCUCAUCGGAAGAGGUUGUGGAGCUAGAAUACGUGGAGAAGUACACUGCACCUCAGCCAGAACAAUGCUUGUUCCAUGACGACUGGAUCAGCUCAAUCCAAGGGGCAGAGGAAUGGAUCUUGACUGGUUCUUACGAUAAGACUUCUCGGAUCUGGUCCUUGGGAGGAAAGUCGAUAAUGACAAUUGUGGGACAUACAGACGUUGUAAAAGAUGUGGCCUGGGUGAAAAAAGACAACCUGUCUUGCCUACUGCUGAGUGCCUCUAUGGACCAGACGGUCCUCCUGUGGGAGUGGAACGUGGAGAGAAACAAGGUGAAAGCCCUGCACUGCUGCAGAGGCCACGCUGGGAGUGUGGACUCCAUAGCUGUCGAUGGCUCGGGGACUAAAUUUUGCAGUGGCUCCUGGGAUAAGAUGCUAAAGAUCUGGUCUACAGUCCCUACAGAUGAAGAAGAUGAAAUGGAGGAAUCCACAAAUCGACCAAGAAAGAAACAGAAAACAGAGCAAUUGGGACUAACAAGGACGCCCAUCGUGACUCUGUCUGGUCAUAAAGAAGCAAUUUCCUCGGUUCUGUGGUCAGAUGCUGAAGAAAUCUGCAGUGCAUCCUGGGACCACACAAUUAGAGUAUGGGAUGUUGAGUCUGGCAGUCUUAAGUCAACCUUGACAGGAAAUAAAGUAUUUAAUUGUAUCUCCUACUCUCCACUUUGUAAACGUUUAGCAUCUGGAAGUACAGAUAGGCAUAUCAGACUGUGGGAUCCCCGGACUAAAGAUGGUUCUUUGGUGUCGCUGUCCCUAACCUCACAUACCGGCUGGGUGACAGCGGUAAAGUGGUCUCCUACCCAUGAGCAGCAGCUGAUUUCAGGUUCUUUAGAUAACAUUGUCAAGCUGUGGGAUACAAGGAGUUGUAAGGCUCCUCUCUAUGACUUGGCUGCUCAUGAAGACAAAGUUCUGAGUGUGGACUGGACAGACACAGGGUUACUUCUGAGUGGAGGAGCAGACAAUAAGUUGUAUUCCUACAGAUAUUCACCUACCACUUCCCAUGUGGGGGCAUGAAAGUGAAUGAUAAACUUGACUACAGAGAUUCUGUAAAUGUAAUUAUAGAGAAUCCUCAGAGUACAUCAGUGCAGAUCACCCUUUAUAAUAGUUCUUACUGUCUUUUUAUUUUGUAUUUAUUGUAUAACAGUGUGCAUUUAUAAAAUAUAAAAUGUGGCUUGCAUUCUCUACCUAUGUAAACUCUUGAAAUAAAACUGAGUUUAUUAUU